UCCAACAUGCCCUCCACGCCUGAUCUCCCCGCCUCCAUGAAGGCGCUCAUCGUCGAGGCCCCCGGCCAGCCGCUGCAGCUGAAGACGCUGCCCGUGCCGUCGGCCAUCCCGGGGAGCUGCGUCGUCAAGGUGCUGGCCGCCGAGGCCGGCCACGACAUGCCGCACGUCAUCGACGGCACCGCCGGCUUCCCCUUCCCGCCCAACUUCGUGCCCGGCCCGCACGCCAUCGGCCGCGUCGUCGCCACCGGCCCGGACGCCACCACCCUGAAGGUCGGCCAGCUCGUCAUGGUCGAGGCCUUCAUCCGUCCGCGCGACGACCCCAACGACGUGCAGAUCCUGUGGGGCCUCACCGCCGGCUUCGACCCCGCCGGGCUCAAGUUCAUGGGCGACAACUGGUCGCUGGGCGGCCUGGCCGAGUACACGCGCGCGCCGCUCGAGAACUGCUACCCGCUCGACGAGAAGCGCCUGUGCGGGCCGCCCGCCGAGGGCGGGCUGGGCUACUCGGUCGAGGACCUCCUGCACCUGCCGACGCAGCUGGUCGCGCUGGGCGGGCUGCGCGCGCUGGACCUCAAGCCGGGCGAGCGGGUCAUCGUGGCGCCGUCGACGGGCGUGUUCAGCGGCGCCGCCGUGCAGGUCGCCGUGGCGCUCGGCGCGCAGGUCGUCGCGACCGGCCGGAGCCGCGCGACGCUCGAGGCGCUGCAGCGGCAGUUCCCGCCGGGCCGCGUGCAGGUCGUGCCCAUCACGGGCGACGUGGCGGCCGACACGGCCGCGCUGAAGCAGUGGGGGCCCGUGGACGCCUACCUCGACCUGACGCCGCCGACCGCCGCCGGCGCGACGCACCCGCGCAGCUGCUUCGCCGCGCUGCGCAAGUACGGCCGCGCCUGCAUGAUGGGCGUCCUCCGCGACGACCUGGCCGUGUCGCACCUCCUGCUCACGUUUAACUCUCUGACGGUCCGGGGCCAGUUCAUGUACGAGCGGGCCGACGCGUGGCUGCUGAUCAAGAUGGUCGAGGCCGGCGUCUUGAGGCUGGGCAAGGAGGGUGGCAAUGAGGUCGUGGGCAGGUUCAAGUUCGAGCAGGCGGAUGAGGCAUUUGCUCUGGCUCAGAAAAACGCGAAAAUGGGCAAGAUCGUCGCUUUCGUGCCGUAG